UGUUUCUGAGUUUCGGAAAGGUGUGAGCUCUGUGUCACUCCUCGGUGUGUAAUGAGUUAAGUGUGUAUUGUUGGGAGUGGGAGUGUGUCAGGCAGGGAGACGUUAGAGGGAUCCAGCAGUGAACACCUGCCAUGGCUUAAAAAAACAAAAACAAAAACAAACAAAGCUCUGGAGGUUCGAGUACAGCUUUCGUGACUACAGGACAUUGUUUUCUUUCUUUUAGACUCGGAACACUUAUCUUUCGUCUGUCAGACUGUCACGAAAGCAGUGAAGCACCCAGUUUUGGGUCUUUGUUGCAUUUUAGCGUUGCCAGAGAUAAGAGAAAGAAGCAGUAAGCGUGCUUUCUCUCUCUCUCCUCUCUCAGGAGGCGUUCACGCAUCGGUCUCCGAGAGCAAAGGAUUCACAUGAAAAGAAGUCAAAAACACUGAAGCGCUUUCAUUUUUCUUUUAAAGAAGAACUAGUAUUGGGUGGAUUACAGCGUGUUGUCUUGUCUUUUCUUUCCCCCCAAGCCUGAGGAAUAUCACAUCGAGGCUGAAAGGAAUGUGGUGAUAAAAAUCUCACCUGCGCCAGAGCAGUCCGCCAGGGUCCCUGUGCUUCAGCCCGGAGUCUGACACAAAGCUUGGAGGUAAAGAAUACACCAAGUGGAUCUCCAUAGGACUUCUCAGUCACAUGGGCAUUAUGGGAACCAGAGUCAUCCUGUUGCUGCUGGUACUAUGUGUUUGUGGUGUAUCCUGCAUCCUGAGCUCGGCUCCCAGAGUGGCUUUAGCUUUUAAAGAGCUAAUGGACACUCGGACAGCAAGACCUUUCAGCUUAUCCUUCAACACUAGUGAUUACCGGAUCCUCCACAUGGACCAGGAUCAGGGCCGUCUUUACCUGGGCAGCCGCGAGUACCUCGUCUCCUUGGAUAUGCAGAACGUCAAUAAGGAGCCUCUCAUUAUCCACUGGCCUGCUCCAACACAGAGAAAGGGGGAGUGUCAGAUGACAGGGAAAGGAAGACAUGGGGAGUGUGCCAACUUUGUACGGAUGAUCGAGCCAUGGAACAGAACUCAUCUGUACACAUGUGGCACUGGAGCUUACAGACCCAUCUGUACCUUCAUCAGUAGAGGCUGGAGAGCUGAGGACUACCUCUUUAGGCUUGUCCCUGGAUAUAUGGAUUCAGGAAAGGGUAAAUGCUCCUACGACCCAAAUCAUGAAGAUGUGGCUGCUCUCAUCAAUGGUAACCUGUAUGCUGGUGUGCACGUGGACUUCAUGGCCACUGACCCAGCCAUCUUUAGGAUGAUGGGGAGUAGGCCAGCUAUUAGAACAGAGCAGUAUGACUCCAAGUGGCUCAAUGAACCAGUGUUCAUUCAAAUAAAGCAGAUUCCUGACAGCUCUGAGAAGAAUGAUGACAAGCUCUACUUUUUCUUCCGGGAGAAGAGUCUGGACUCUGGAGGGACAGCGAGCCCCAGUGUGUUGGCCAGAGUGGGGCGAGUGUGUCUGAAUGAUGAGGGAGGCCAAAAAUCUCUAGUUAACAAGUGGACAACGUUUCUAAAAGCCAGGCUGGUGUGCUCCGUGAUGGGUGAGGAUGGUGUGGAGACCUACUUUGAUGAGCUGAGAGACGUCUUUAUUCAGCCCACCCAGGAUGAGCGUAACCCUAUGGUUUAUGCCAUUUUCUCCACUGCAGGGUCUGUUUUUAAGGGAUCAGCUGUGUGUGUUUACUCUAUGGCUGAUAUACGUAACGUAUUCAAUGGACCUUUUGCCCACAAACAUGGCCACAACUAUCAAUGGACAAUGUACACAGGAAAGAUCCCCUACCCUCGACCUGGAACUUGUCCUGGAGGUACGUUUACACCCAAUUUGCACUCUUCUAAGGCGUUCUCAGACGAGGCUGUGAACUUCAUUCGUGCGCAUCCACUCAUGUAUCACCCUGUGUAUCCUAUACACAAGCGCCCCCUGGUGGUGCGCUCAGGCGUUGACUACAGGUUCACCACCAUCGCUGUGGACCAGGUGGAUGCUGUGGAUGGGAGAUAUGAAGUGUUUUUUCUAGGCACAGAUCGUGGAACAGUCCAAAAGGUUAUAGUUCUGCCCAAAGAUCCAACUACCAUGGAAGAGCUGACACUAGAGGAAGUUGAAGUGUUCAGGAUACCAGUUCCUAUUAAAACAAUGAGGAUAUCUGCUAAAAGGCAACAGCUGUACGUAUCAUCAGAUGUAGGUCUUACCCAGGUGUCAUUGCAUCGCUGUGGUGCGUAUGGUAAGGCUUGCUCAGACUGCUGCCUGGCCCGUGACCCCUACUGUGCAUGGGAUGGAGAGAGCUGCACCCCCUUCACACAGGCUACUAAAAGGCGGAGCAGAAGGCAGGAUGUAAAACAUGGUGACCCUCUACGUCAGUGUAGAGGAUUUAAUGCGAAAGUGGAGAAGAGACUGAAGGAGACGGUGCAGUUUGGUGUGGAGGGAAGCAGCACGUUUUUGGAGUGCGUACCGCGAUCGCCUCAGGCUACUGUCAAAUGGCUUUACCAAAAAAAUGGAAGAAGGAAAGUGCUGAACAGAGAUGGGGAAGUACUGAGCACACCUCAGGGUGUCCUUCUGAAAUCACUCACCCACUCAGAUGCUGGGUUAUACCACUGCCUGGCUACUGAGAAUAACUUCAAGCACACUCUAGCACGUGUUUCCCUGCGCAUCCUGGACCGUGAUAUUGCAGUGGCCCUCACUGUACCCGAUGACGAGGAUAAAGAGAGGGAGAUAAUGAGGAGGGAUCACAAACCCGAAGCCCAUUCCCAAGCUGGCAAUGUGCAACCCUUAGAGCCUGAGAUGCGUGUGAUCCACCAGUAUUGCCAGUCCUACUGGGAACAGCUCAUUGACCAAGGGCAGCAGCAAAGCAAACAUCCAAACCGCAGACACACAGAGGGCCGCGAGCCCAGUGGAGGUUGAGGCUGACCUACCUACUUCUUCCAUUCAACUAUUGGUCCAUUCUGUCUUCCUCUUUAUGUACUUCGUGAGUGACUGAGGUGAAGGGACACGUGUAAACACCCUAUUUCAUAAGAGACUUAUCUACACAACUCACAUGCUUUGUUGCGCUCAUCUUAUUAUUGCAGUUUGCAUAUUUUCUUGUUCAUUUCUUAUGUUCCUUGUCCUUAGCUUUCCUUAAGUCUUUUGGUGUUCUAUUGAUUUUGGACCAUAUUUUGACCAUUAUUAGUGUUCUGACCAUCGUUGUGAUAUUUGUACAUUUUAUGACCCAGCUCGUGUUGCUGAUCAUCCGAAUCUUCAGUUUUGCUGCACAUUGUAUUUGACAUUUUCAAAAAUGUGCUAUAAAAGUUUACCAGUGUAACUUACGUUUAAGCACCUUAGAGUAGAGUAUGAUUUGACUACAGAUCAUGACUAAACAACACAAAUUUCCUGUGAGUGUGUGUAUGUGUAAUUGUUCAGUCUGUGGGCCAGUGCAAUUUCCCAUUUGCUGCCUGGAUGCUGAAAUCAUAUGGUCCAGUGCAGAUAACAGUAAAUCACUAGAUAAAGCUGUACAUGUAUCCUGGUUAUUCUUCCUUGUUGGAAAAUUGCACCAUUUUUUAAAAAUUUUUUUAAUUUCAGGAACACUACAAUGUCUUCAUGGGUGUCACUAGUUGAUUGAUAAUGUGUAUUUAUUUUUAGGUUGUAUAUUUUUGCCUUCGUAGAGAAUUUAUAAAGUAUAUAGAAGGUGGAGGGAAUUUUUGCAUGACAGACCAGAUAUAUAGUUAUAUUUAUUUAAAUGUAAUUAUAAUAACACAGAGUGUUUGUACAUAGGUUUCAUCACCAUAGGAUAAUGUAAUGACUAAUGAACUCACCUUCAAAAUUAGUAACACUGGACUUGUGGUCAUUAAAACUGCACAAGAUUUUAUUGGUAUUAAAUGGACUAGUAUCA